AUGGCGACUCAGACCACUACUGCCAGCCCUCUUCUUCAACUUGACGCCUCCUACGGUGACUGGCGAGAUGACCUGCGUACGAACGGAUAUGCGGUCGUCAAGGGCGCUAUUCCCCGCGAACGUGCGGUCGAGUACCAGCAGCGGGCCCUAAAGUGGCUGACUUCGUUCGGCCUGCCGCUGGAUUUGAACGACCCCAGCACCUGGCUUGCCGAAAACAUGCCUGUCCAGAGCAAACUCAACACGUUUGACAACUACUGCGUUGUUCAUGAGAAGUUCAUGUGGGACGCUCGUAUGGAACCUGGAGUCGUGGAUGCCUUUUCCAAAGUGUGGAACACAAACGAGUUGCUGGUCUCCUUCGACUCGCUCAACAUCACUCUGCCGGGUCGCAAGGACAAGCCGCCGCGAGCCCCCUGGCCCCAUGUCGACCAGUCGCCCUUCAAACGCGGCUUGCACUGCAUCCAGGGCAUCAUCAAUCUCAGCCACGUUGGCGAUGAGGAUGGCUCGCUCAUGGUGCUGCCAGGCUCGAAUGCAUACAACGCCGAGUUUUUCGACACUCAAACGGAGCCGUCUUCCUGGCCGGAGAUUGACUGGCGCCGCUUCAGCGAGGAAGAGAUGAAGUGGUUCGAAAGCAAAGGGCUAAAAGCAUGCAAAGUCAAGGCCGAGCCCGGCGACCUCAUCUUGUGGGAUUCGCGGACGGUGCACUGGGGAGCUGAGCCCACGGCGGACAGCAAGACCAUCCGAACCGUUAUCUACGCAUCUUACUCUCCCGCCAAACUUGCUAAAAAGGAAGCCCUUGAAGAGAAAGCUCGUGUGUUCAAUGUCUACGGCGCAACAACCCAUUGGGCUCAUGAUAACAUUUGGCUUCGGCCUCAACUUGCGCAUCUCCCUGAUGGCACAGUUGACCCACGCAAUAGGGACGAGCCGCUAGAGAAGCCCGAGGUGGACGAUAUGAUGUUGAAGUUGGCUGGAUUGAAGCCAUAUUAG